UUGGUUCCCAUCUUGUAAGUAUCUUAAACAAUUGAAUUGCUGAUAAAAAAUGAGUUAUUUCCAUCUUUCCUAGUCUCAAAACGAAAAUACACUAUCGCAUGAAUAUAUACAUGACAAGAAGCUUCCAAGUUUUGAUUUAGGAUUCUAAUCAAUGAAUUAGAAUGCAGCGUGUGAUAAUUCUCCUCCUAGGGGCCUCCUUCGCCUCAGCUGUCGUAGAUAACGUUGGCCCCUGUAACGUCACGAUCAUCACUGACAAGACUUUCAACAUACAACGGUUUUCUGAAGAAAACAACGGUGUUUGGUUGUUUGUCAAAGUUCCAUUCACCAACAUUAGCAAGAACUAUGAGUCGAUGUAUUUGGUUACUGAACCAACUGAGUGCUAUGGACAGUAUCACACAAUAAUUUACUAUAAAAACUACGGUGACGAGGAAUACAAAGUGUUCGCUGACGAAGACGUUUAUGAUUCAUCUAACGGACACGUGACUGUAAUUACAAGAGGAGAGAAGAGGAUCGUAUAUAAAAUUUCGUUCCUGAAGUAUGUGCCCUGCAGAUACGCAUUUUACUACAUAUGCAGUGAUGAAGGAGGUGACAACGACGUAGACUAUAGGCACGUGUUGGCUCAUGGACCUUUAACCGAUGACGAAGAGGCAGAGAUUCGACGCCUGGAUGAGCAGUAUGAAUUUUCUGGAGUUCUAAUAGACAUCUAAAACCUUUAUCUCUUCCUUCAAUACAUCUGUGAACUAAUUCUGUAGUCUCUUAUAAAAUAAACGUUUUUAAUUA